CCUCUGCUCCUCCAGGAUGAGUUCCACCCCUUCAUCGAGGCGCUGCUCCCCCACGUCCGGGCCUUCGCCUACACCUGGUUCAACCUGCAGGCCCGCAAGCGCAAGUACUUCAAGAAGCACGAGAAGAGGAUGACGAAGGACGAGGAGAGGGCGGUGAAGGACGAGCUGCUGAGCGAGAAGCCGGAGGUGAAGCAGAAAUGGGCCUCGCGCCUCCUGGCCAAGCUGCGCAAGGACAUCCGGCCCGAGUGCCGCGAGGACUUCGUGCUCUCCAUCACGGGCAAGAAGCCCUCGUGCUGCGUCCUCUCCAACCCCGACCAGAAGGGGAAGAUGCGCCGCAUCGACUGCCUGCGGCAGGCGGACAAGGUGUGGCGGCUGGACCUGGUCAUGGUCAUCCUCUUCAAAGGGAUCCCACUGGAGAGCACUGACGGCGAGCGCCUGGUCAAGUCGGGCCAGUGCACCAACCCCAUCCUCUGCGUCCAGCCCCACCACAUCAGCGUCUCCGUCAAGGAGCUCGACCUCUACCUGGCUUACUUCGUCCGCGAGAGAGAUGCAGAGCAGAGCAGCAGCCCCAGGACGGGCAUCGGCUCAGACCAGGAGGACAGCAAACCCAUCACGCUGGAUUCGACAGACUUCCAGGAAAGCUUUGUCACCUCGGGGGUGUUCAGUGUCACCGAGCUCAUCCAGGUGUCCCGAACGCCGGUGGUGACAGGCACGGGGCCAAACUUCUCCCUGGGGGAGCUGCAGGGCCACUUGGCCUAUGACCUGAACCCCUCCAGCACCGGCAUGAGGAGAACGCUGCCCAGCACCUCCUCCAGCGGGAGCAAACGGCACAAAUCGGGGUCCAUGGAGGACGACAUCGACACCAGCCCGGGGGGCGAGUACUACACCUCCUCCAACUCCCCCACCAGCAGCAGCCGCAACUGGACAGAAGACAUGGAAGGGGGCAUCUCCCCCACCGUGAAGAAGACGGAGAUGGACAAGUCCCCCUUCAACAGCCCAUCGCCCCAGGAUUCCUCGCCCCGGCUGAGCAGCUUCACGCAGCACCACCGUCCCGUCAUCGCGGUGCACAGCGGUAUCGCUCGAAGCCCGCACCCGUCAUCUGCGCUGCAUUUCCCCACCACCUCCAUCCUCCCCCAGACGGCCUCCACCUACUUCCCCCACACGGCCAUUCGGUACCCGCCUCAUCUCAACCCGCAGGACCCGCUGAAAGAUCUCGUCUCACUGGCCUGCGACCCGUCCAACCAGCAGCCCGGACCGCCUACUCUGCACCAGGCACGCCCCCUGCGAACCGUUCCUUCGUGGGAUUAGGACCAAGGGAUCCUGGGAGUAUCUAUCAGGCACAGUCCUGGUACCUGGGAUAA